CCAACGUAUUCGUCAUUCACUGGCAACAGGCAAGCCCCAGAACAGCUGAGCGUCAGCAGGCAAGAAGCACAAGUACGUCAGGCGCAGAAGCAAAAAAUUACGCGACUGGUACCUACACGUAUCUACAGAGCAACGACAAUUUUCUGAAAUCAGUUGCUGACAGGCAGUGGACGCGGUAGUAGCAAUCAGUUGCUAGCAACAUACUACCUAAAAUAUUUGCGAAUAUAAAGUGACUUAUAAAGUUUUAAGUGUUCCCCCGCUUUCUUAAAAUUUGGAAAAGUAUAAACAAACAGUUUUUGAAAAAUGUCUUUCACGCGCGAACAGUUGGAGUCGGCCAUGAGCGAGAAGUUGUCCAAGUCGGACACCAUCAAAUUGCGGAAUAAACAUAUCGGCCAAGCUUGCCAACUAUUCUAUCGUUCCGAUCCCUUGAAAAUUGUACGCGGCCAGGGUCAGUAUAUGUUCGAUGAGAUGGGCAAUCGUUACUUGGAUUGUAUAAAUAAUGUAGCGCAUGUUGGACAUUGUCAUCCGAAAGUGGUGCGCGCCGGAAGUCUUCAAAUGGCCACAAUUUCCACCAACAAUCGCUUCCUACACGAUGAGCUUGUGCAAUGCGCCAAAAUAUUGACCAGUAAAAUGCCUGGCGAUCUAUCGGUCUGCUUUUUCGUCAACUCCGGUUCGGAGGCCAACGAUCUGGCUUUGCGUUUGGCACGCAAUUACACCAAGCGGAAGGAUGUGAUCACGCUCGACCAUGCCUACCAUGGACAUUUGACUUCUGUAAUGGAGAUAUCUCCCUACAAAUUUAAUCAACCCGGUGGCGAUCCAAAGCCGGACUACAUUCAUGUUGCCCCCUGUCCGGAUGUUUAUCGCGGCAAGUUUAUCGACAAAGAUCACCCGGGCGCCGAUAUGGCCGAGCUAUAUAGCGCUCCCAUUGUGGAGAUCUGCAAGAAGUUGCAGGCACAGGGCAAAGGCUUAGCUGCCUUCGUUGCGGAGAGUUUGCAAAGCUGCGGCGGUCAAAUCAUACCGCCCGCCGGUUAUUUCCGUGCCGUCUACGAUGCUGUGCAUGCAGCUGGUGGACUCACCAUUGCCGAUGAGGUGCAGGUUGGUUUCGGCCGUGUGGGCACUCACUACUGGGCAUUCGAGACGCAAGAUGUAAUACCCGACAUUGUAACGGUUGCUAAGCCAAUGGGCAAUGGGCAUCCUGUGGGCGCUGUUGUGACCACACCUGAGAUUGCGAAUGCCUUCUAUGCCACUGGCGUCGCCUAUUUCAAUACAUAUGGCGGCAAUCCGGUUUCAUGCGCUAUUGCCAAUGCUGUGAUGCGUGUAAUCGAAGAGGAGGGACUGCAGGAGAAUGCACGCAUUGUUGGAGACUAUCUGAAUAAGAAAUGUCGUGAGUUUAGCUUGGAAUUCGAUAUUAUAGGUGAUGUGCGUGGCGUUGGACUCUUCGUUGGCAUUGAAUUGGUGAAGAACCGUGAGACGCGUGAGCCUGACACCAAGUCCGCUCAUUGGGUUGUGAAUCGCAUGAAAACACUGCAUAAGGUGCUCGUCUCCUCCGAUGGACCUAAUGAUAAUGUAAUCAAACUAAAGCCACCCAUGUGCUUUAAUCAGGAGAAUGCCGAUCAAUUUUUGCAAGCAUUCCGUGAGUGCUUGGCCAUGCUGGUGAAGGAGAGCAGUAAUGCGUCGUUCAUGGUUGGUGCUGCCGAAGCGAAGGACAGCACGAGUACGAUGUUCGAGAGUCGUCAAAGACUUAUUAAAUCGUCGUGAAAAGUUCUUUUGUAUGAAUUAUUGUAGUAUAAUAAUUAGACAUAUGUAAUCAAUAUUUGUAUGUUAUAAAUAGUAUUUAAAAUAAUUUCUUAGUCAAAUCAUUAGGUUUGUAGCUACGUUAGUGCUGGUGCCAUAUUUUAAGAAAAUAAAUACAUAUAAUUUAUAUAAAAGUUCAUAGUGCCAAAGCAUACACACAAAAUUAUAUAGCUUCAAGAAUUACCAGCACAUUAUUAAAAACAUAUUAUUAACAAUAAGCUCUAUAAAUAUAAAUUGUAAU